AUGGAGGAUGAGGAAGGUUACACUGCUUUAAAUUUACGACCCUCAGCUUCGGUUGUUAACUCUGGACAUUUGAGCAGCAACAAAUGUUCUACAUUUAAGGCUUCAGCCUCAAAUGUUCCAGCAGACCGAGUCUCUGCCUCAUCUUCCAGAUGGCAGCUGGUGGCCUUUGCUUUCCUUAUGUUGUGCCUGCUGCUGCUCAUGGGUCUGGCAGCCCUUCUGGCCCUGUUUUUUCAGGUUUCCAAGGAUCCUGAGGAAGGAAAGAAGCUGCAGGAAAUGAGGGAAGCAUUGUGUUUUGAAGGGAAGGAGAAAAAUGAAACAAAAUGUGCUCUGUGUCCAGCAAGCUGGCAAAAGAGUGGAGCUGACAACUGCUUCUACGUUUCAAAGCAGAAGAAAACAUGGAAGGAGAGCCAGAAGUUCUGUUCCUCGCGGAACUCCUCUCUUCUUGUGCUAAAAGACACAGCAAAGAUGGUUUUUCUGCCACGGGAUUCAAAUUUUUACUGGGUUGGAUUAUCAUACAUAUCUGAGAGAAGUGGCUGGUACUGGGAGGAUGGAACAGCUUUUUCAAAACAAGAGACAAGCUGGGUUAUGUUAUAUGAUAACAUCUUCUGUGCUGCUUUAUAUGGACAGACAAUUUAUGCCAGCAACCUCUGUUUGACAAAGCAAUUCUGGAUCUGUGAGAAACUACCUUUUCAUCUCACCUGA